AAUACUCGCGAAACAAUGUCCGUCUCCUCUUCAUCUCCCCCAUGUCCACUCUAUCCUCCCCCUUCCCCCAUGUCUAUCCUACGCCGCCUAGCCUUACGCCUCAACCUCAACAACAGACGGAGCUUUACCUCAGUCGCUGCCGCCGCUGUUCGACAAGACGCAACUCUCUGGUCCCAAGCCCCUCUCUCCCAGAUCGAACCUGCUGCUGAGUCCCUCUUUCACGUUACUAUCGACGUCUCUCACUCUCCCGACCUUGCCAUCUCCCACACUCGACCUGGCCAGUACCUCCAGCUUCGCAUCCCCGACGUUGAGAAGCCUUCUUUCCUUGCCAUCGCCUCACCGCCUUCUUAUGCCGCCGCGAAAGGCGCUUUUGAAUUCUUAGUGAAGAGCGUCGCUGGCUCUACUGCUGAGCUGUUGUGCGGUCUUAGGAAAGGAGAUGUGGUGGAAUUGAGCCAAGUCAUGGGCAGAGGUUUUGAAAUAGAUCGCAUCGUGCCGCCGGAGAAGUAUUCUACGGUUCUGAUUUUUGCCACUGGAUCUGGAAUCAGUCCAAUUCGGUCUCUCAUUGAAUCUGGGUUUAGUGCUGAUAGAAGAUCUGAAGUGAGGCUGUAUUAUGGGGCAAGAAACCUCAAGAGAAUGGCUUACCAGGAUAGGUUUAAGGAUUGGGAAUCUUCUGGUGUUAAGAUUGUACCAGUACUAUCACAGCCAGAAGGUAGUUGGACUGGAGAAACUGGCUAUGUACAGGCUGCUUUUUCCAGGGCCAAGAAAAUUGAUAGCCCUUUGGCCGCUGGGGCAGUGCUUUGUGGGCAGAAACAGAUGGCUGAGGAAGUAACAUCAAUUCUGGUAGCAGAUGGAGUCUCAAGCGAGAAAAUACUGAAGAACUUCUGAAAUAUUACAAAUGAGGUUCACAUUGUUGUAUUAUUUCUUGAGCAACAGUCGAUUAUGAUUCUUUUAUACCCACUGCUGAGGACAGAAUGCGUUGCUCAGCUAAUAAAAGCCAAAUUUGGAUUUUUGAUAAUCUUAUAUAUCUAACGAAUUGUCGGAUUAGACUGCUUCUAGCAGCUAAAUUAUAGGAAUCAUACCCCUCAGUUUUAACUUACAGAAUAGGUUUUCAGCAUUGUUUGCAUGAUUCAAAACGUGCUAUUGUGAACAUCUUCGAAUCAAGCAAGGAAUUUCCAGACUCAGGCCUUGAAAUAUGUAAGAGAAUUUGCCUAUUAAUUACAUUGCAAACUAUUACAAGAGAA